AUGGCACUCCCUGUACCGUCGGACAAUUAUUUCGCUGUAUACACCAUCUCUGAGAGUGAGGAUCGCGCUGCUCAAUCUCCAAGUUGGGUGGAUACGGUCAUGGCCAAAAUCAGGGAACAUGCUGUGGGAUCUUACGUGGGUGACUGUGACCUGAAGUUGCCACAUGAGUGGUAUUGGAAGGGCCACAUUGCGCAACAGAUUGAGGCAAUCCGACAGAACUGGGAUCCGAACUCCCUUUUCUGUGCCGCUCAUGGAUAUGGCAGUUAG